AUGAAGCUUCGACGACUUGUGCCCUUUACGGCCACAGUCUUGGCCGCGUGCAAUGGCCACAGCGAGCUUUGUGGCAAGAAAUACUCCGAGGUGACGUUUGUGGGGAGCCACGAUAGUGCUUUCGUCGGCAGAUCACUUGCGCACAACCAGUAUGUAUCCGUGACAAAGCAGCUGAACCUUGGUGUGCGGUUCUUGCAGGCGCAGACGCACGACAAGCUCGGUACCAUUGAGAUGUGCCAUACCUUUUGCUGGGAGUUGGACUCGGGCACGCUCAGGAAGUACCUGCAGGAGAUUGCGGACUGGAUGCACGGCAACCCGAACGAGGUUGUGACGCUGCUUCUGACUAACAAAGAUGCCAUUCCGGUUCGGCAAUUCGACGCCGUCUUCCAGAGCACAGGCCUCUCUCAAUAUGCGUUCCAUCCACAAGGUGUGCUGUCAAAGGACCGGUGGCCGACGCUGCAACAGUUGCUCGACGCAGAGACUAGGCUUGUUGUCUUUAUGGAUUACCAUUCGGAUCAAUCCAAGGUCGACUACAUCAUUGGCCAAUUCGACUACUUCUGGGAGACGCCAUACGGCAUCACGGACAAAAACUUCCCGACAUGCAGUGUCGACCGACCACGUGGCGGGGAUCCGAAGACGCUUUUGGGAAUAAUGAACCACAUGCUGAACUUCAAGAUUGGCGACAUCGUCGUCCCGGAUCAGAUUAACACCAAGAGGACCAACUCGGUGGGUUCCAUCCUCCAGCAGGUCGACUUGUGUGAGAGCCAGGGCAAGCCUCAACCCAAUGUGAUUUUGCUCGACCACAUCAAUAUAGGCGAAGCGCAGCAGGCGCAGUUGAAGUUGAACGCCUUUGCUCCUGCGACUCGCGCCCAGGAUGCAAACCCCCCCGGUCAAUCAACCUUCAUAUCCAAAGGCAACAACGUCGCCUUCGCUUUCACCGUCCCCCAUGAUGACGACAACCCCAGGGGCACAUUUUUCAGCAUCCGCGUCCCGAGGAAAUACACCUGGGGCGGCGUCGGCCUGGGCAGCGACGACAUGAAGGGUGCGCUGUUCCUCAUCAUCUACGAGAACGGAGACGGCACCAACGUCACCUUCUCACCGCGUGUGGCCCAUGGCAACUACGAGCCCGCCUUCUUCCAUGACAUGCGGUGGACAGUCAUUCCAAACAACACGGGUAUUAUUGACGACUACAUGGUUUUCUCUGCCAUGUGCACCGAGAGUUGUCGCACAUGGCCCAGUGGGGACACGUCUGGUGGCUACAUCGAUGUCUCAUCGCCGACGCAGAAAGCUAUAUACGCUGUUGGCCCUCAGGGAGUUCUCAGGGACGAUAGCCCCAGUGCCGGGUUGAAGUUCCAUCAAGAGCACGGCGUGUUUAGUAUCGACAUGGGGAGGACAAGAGGUGCCGCGGAUGCGCCUGUCCUAAACAAGGAUUCCAAGAGCGAGGGAACUGAACAGAUAUCCAGAGCUACAAACCAGAAAGACUUGAAGGCCGGAUUUCAUGCCGCGUUAAUGGUUUUCUCCAUAUUGGGUGUGAUAGGCAUUGGCGGCGUUGUGCUCCUGCCCACCUUUGGCUGGGCAAAAUGGCAUCCCUUGAAUCAGAUUGUUGCCACCGUUGGCGUGCUGGCUGGUUUGGCCAUAGGGAUACUGGCCAGUUUCCACUAUCAGAGAUCUCGAAGCUUCAGGCACCCUCACCAAAUUCUCGGCUACACCAUUAUCGCACUCAUCAUAGCACAGUUGGGGCUAGGAGUGAAACAUCACAUCAAACACCGGCGGACAAAGGCUUCGACCGUGUUUGGCAAGAUACAUGGGUGGAUGGGAAAACUGAUCCUACUCGCUGCCUUUGUCAAUGGUAUCAUUGGGUUUACCUUUGCUCUGAAUCCCACGUCAGCCAUCACCUUCGGAGCAUUGGUAAUUCUCGUUACUGCAACGCUCAUAUUCUUACGAUUGCGGGUUCUCAAGAAGAGCCAAAAAUUCCAACCUGUCAGUACUCAGCAGCAGCCCGUGUGGCGAGCGGACUCUGGCUACAACGCGGGAUACUCUUCGGGCCCUCCGCCGGGCUACGAGCAACCGCCACAGCAGGUUGGCCUGCAAGCUAUUGGGUCGCCGUCGAAUAACUCACCCUGGAGCACUGGUGAUAAGGAUCGCGAAGACGAGCCACAGCUCGGAAGCGCUCAGAGACCCCGAGAGUUUGCAUAA